ACGAUAACAAAACGAUGAGAGAGGGAGGAAGAGAGAAAUAAAAACCAGAGCGAAAUAAGAAGAAGAAAGUGAUCGGAGAAACACCCAUCUCUCGACCCAACAAAACUGAAACCACAUCCUAUCAACCCCUUCCCAAUCUGAGAAAACCUCAAAAGGAGGUGGUAGAAGAGAACUGGUAGAGCGGCCAAAACCCACCACCACCACCAUCAUCACAUCUGUUCAUAAGAUAGGCCCUCUCACCUACCUACCAUCUCCUUUUCUCUUUCUUUGCUCUUUGAUUAUCUAUAUAUCUUUUCCGUUUUUCUCUCCUAUUCCAAUCCCCAUGCGGCGAGCAGGCAGAGCCACCGCUGCUGCAGCCAACAACCAAUCACCGGCAUCAUGCAAGAAGCCCCGGGCGGCAGCCGCAGCCCCGAAAACGACGCCAUCUUCGUCGCAGCAGCAACCGCAAAUCAGAUUCCGCGGCGUGCGGAAGCGGCCGUGGGGCCGAUUCGCCGCCGAGAUCAGAGACCCGUGGAAGAAGACGCGUGUCUGGCUCGGGACCUUCGAUUCCGCCGAGGACGCGGCCAGAGCGUAUGACGCCGCCGCCCGAUCGUUACGGGGGCCCAAGGCCAAGACCAACUUCUCCCUGCCCUGCGAUCCUUUCUACGGCGGCGAUUUCAACGACGACGCGAUUUGCUCCAAGAUCGAUGUGAUUCAGGCCAGCCGGCCGACCUCCAGCAGCCUCAGCAGCACCGUCGAGUCCUUCAGCGGACCGAGGGUCAACUCCGGCAAGCCUCCUCCGAUGAAACCCACGCAGCGGAGACCGGUGUAUCCGGUUUCGCCAGAGGACUGCCACAGCGAUUGUGACUCAUCUUCCUCCGUCGUCGACGACGGUGACGAUUGCGUCCUCACGUCGUCUUUCCGCAAAGCCCUGCCCUUCGAUCUGAACAUGCCGCCGCCGAUGGAUGGUUUUGAUUUCUCCGGCGACAACGUGGAUGAUCACGAUCUUCAAGCCACCGCGCUCUGCCUCUGAUUCUAAAUAAUGGUCCCUUUUAAUUUCCAUCUUCUACCAUAUUUUCUUCUCUGGAAUAUCUUAUUAAAAAAAAAAAAAAAUCUGGUACUGGUGGGUGAGAGAAGAAUUUGAGUUUUCUUAUCUUUGUUUUUGUUGUUAUCUUCGAAAUCUGCUCUGUUAGAAUAUUGUUCUUUGUUGUUGUUGUAGAAUAGCAUAUGGGGUUUUCUUCAACUUUGAUGGGCUCCGGAAUAUCGUCAUCGUCAUCGUCAUCGUCUGUACUAUUAAAGCUAAUAUAGAUCUGGUUACAAAUCAGUGGAUCUGACUUCUGGGUUUGCUUGCCUUCUUGAUCAGAUUCACUUUCAUCAUCACCCAUCUUAUAUUUUCCCCUUUUCUGUACAAAAACAUUAUCUAAAUCUAAAAAGAAAAAAUCUCCUCCUCA